AUGGGUGAAAGUUACUACACCAUUCUUGGAGUCUCCGAAAAUUCAAGUCUAGAAGAAAUCAGGAAACAAUAUCAAAAUCUGGCCCUUCAGUAUCAUCCAGACAAACUCAGUCCUGAUCAAGAAAACGACCCUGCUGUGAAGGAAAAGUUUUUAAGAAUUACGGAAGCAUGGGAAACAUUACGAGAUCCUGGAAAGAGGAGAGUUUAUGACUCUAUUUUGUUAGAAAAUGCUCUUGAUGAUAACAGUCUCAAGUUUGAUUCCGUCAGUUACCAUAGUUUAAACUUCGUAGACAGUUCUCAUUCCACUAAAUGGAGCAAAACCUCCGGAGAUGCCCCAAUUGCCCCACCUGACAUCCAAGCAACCCAACCCUCGGAAGUGCCCCCCUGGCAUCCAGGAAGUCCAACCCCCAAGGGCUGCCCCCUUGGCAUUAAGGAGCCCAACCCUAGGGCGGCCAUUUGGCAUCCAAGAUGUCCAACCCCCAGAGGCGGCCCCCUUUGA